UUCCCUCCCUGGUGUGUGGUGGAAACCAAAUCUCCUAACCAUGGCGUGCCACGUGAACGCUGCUAUCCAAUUCACUACCGAUCCGCCGCUUUUCCCGAUGAAUGUGAUGAAAUUCUCCCGCCAAAAGCCCCUCUUACUCAUACAUUCUCCCUCUAGGUAUCAUCAAAAGCCGCAGAUUUCUUGCUCGAGGAGAAUGCGAGGUAAUCAAUUUGUUGUGAAAUCUGAAAUGGCGACGGAAAGCCGCCCUGUUGCAGACGAUAGAAUGCUGGUCUUUGUUCCGCCUCAUCCAUUGAUCAAACACUGGGUUUCUGUUCUCAGAGACGAACGAACUCCUUCUGCCAUCUUUAGGAAUGCUAUGGCUGAGCUGGGAAGGCUUCUUAUAUAUGAGGCAUCAAGAGAUUGGCUACCUACUGUCACUGGGGAAAUCCAAUCACCGAUGGGUGUUGCUUCAGUUGAAUUUAUUGAUCCAAGGGAACCUGUGCUGGUUGUCCCCAUCUUGAGAGCUGGGCUUGCUCUUGUUGAGCAUGCAUCAUCAAUCUUGCCAGCAACCCAAACGUAUCAUCUGGGAAUAAGCAGGGAUGAGACGACACUUCUGCCAAGUAUAUAUUUGAACAAGUUACCUGAAAAAAUUCCAGAAGGAUCCCGUGUACUUAUUGUUGAUCCCAUGCUGGCAACAGGUGGCACAAUAGUUGCAGCAAUUGACUUGUUGAAGGAUCGUGGAGUUGACAACAAGCAAAUAAAAGUGGUUUCUGCAGUAGCUGCUCCUCCAGCUCUUCAAAAGCUUAGUGAGAAAUUCCCUGGGCUUCACGUGUACACAGCGAUCAUUGAUCCUACUGUAAAUGACAAAGGGUUUAUAAUCCCUGGAUUGGGAGAUGCUGGGGAUCGUAGUUUUGGUACAUGAAGAUGUAGGUCUGGGAGUAUGCUGAGUUGAUUUGCUCAACCCGGAAGUUAUUGCAAUUUUGGAAAGAAUAAUAGAAGGGGAGAGUUUUGAAUUAGAUAGAUGGAUGUGGCAUUUAUUUGUUCAUAGGUUUAGAUCAACUGACUUCUAUUCAUAGAUUGGAUUUGAUCCUGGAGCUAAUUGUAGCGGCAAAGAUUUUUCUAUCAAAAGAAAUCACUGAAUGUUCUUGGGGUUGAAACUGAAUUUCUACAGUACAGUCAUCCUACUAUUAGUUUCCUGCAUAUUUUGAAGGAAUGAUUUUGUUUUGAGCCACAUGAUAGGAUGAUGUGAUUUUGACAGUUGGAUAGAGAAGUCCAUAUUUGGAUUAGGUCAAAUUUCAGUACGUAACUCAAUCAAAUUCCUUAGCUUGUGUUA